UAGUUCAAGCAUAAACACACAGACUGCUGCAGGAGUGUUUCCGGUAGCUGGGUUUAAAAUUUACUAGCUAGACUUACUUGUUAAGAAUAGUAUCUUUUUGAUAGACUGUUGCUUCGUGAUUGUGUAGCAACGAUUCUCAGGAAAAGGAUUUAUCAGAUGAGUGCAGUGUUUUAGGAGAUCACAUAAGACUAACGUUUACUUCUGCGUUGCCAAUGAUGAGUCCUGCCACCACCGCAACCCUUUUGAUUCUAGUGGUCACAAUGCUAUGUUUGGUCCAUGUCAUAGAUGGCGGUGUCGUGGAUAGGGAACCGCGCGCCUACAAGCAGUACAGCAACGAGCAGCCUGCGAAGCGACCCUUCUGCAAUGCAUUCACCGGAUGUGGAAAGAAACGUUCGGUCGUGGCCGUUACACCGAUGGCACUGAUGCAUCGACAUCAAACCACGUCGGAACAAAAUCGAGCCAAAGUUACGGAAGGAUUCGACCCGAACGAGGACUCACUGGCCAAUCUGAUCGAUCUGAACACGGAACCGGCGGUGGAGGAUCUGAUGAGACAAAUUAUGUCCGAGGCCAAACUUUGGGAAGCUAUUCAGGAAGCCAACCGGGAAAUUCUUCUACAAAAGCAGGGCCAGAACUCGGAAGGAAAUUCGUACCCACUGUCGUUCAGUACGCAGUAAUACAUGAAAGUUUACAUGAAUGUUUCUAGUUAAAGCUUUUUUCCAAGAAUAAGUUUUCAAGUGAUGAAGCUUCAACAGAGCGAAUAAUGUUUUUUUUUGACAUUAUCAAAGGGAAACGAUUGCUGUCUACACUCACUCUUGCUCCAACGAAUUCCUCCAAUCGAGUCAAACUUAAGCUAGUCAACAUUAUUCUCCGACGAGUAAGAUUAUUACAAACAUUAGACUAAGUACUGCCUUGUUAAUAUGCGAAAACAAAGCAGCUGUGUUUUUGACUUUUAAUCAAUGGGAUUGUUGCAAUAAAUCAAAAUUUUACAAAUCAA